AUGGCCACCACAACGGCUUCGUCGCCGGUGGGAGCACCUCAGGCCGCCCACAUGCACUCUGUUUCUAGGAAGGACACUUACUAUAAGCCUUCUGCCGACGAGUGGGAGGCCGUGCGGCUGACAAUUCGACAAUUGUACAUUGAUGAGAACAAGACUCUGUCGGAAGUGUCCGAGAUCCUCGAGACGCUCUACAGCUUUCGUGCCUCGCCCAAGCAGUACAAGAACCGUUUCAAGCAAUGGGGGCUUUGGAAGAAUCUCUCCACCAGAGAUGCAGCCAGGCUCAUUCAGAUGAAGGCGUCGAGGGACUCAAUCGGCAAGACGUCGACGUUUGUGCGGGCAGGCCAGAAGCUCGACUUCGACCGUGUGCAGAAGACGAUCCGCCGCAGCAAGAACAGAGUUCCCAAGGGUGCCGCGGAAGAGAAAUCGCCGAAGCUUGGCCGAGCGGAGCCAGCAGCGCCCGCUUGCAAUCAGCCGUCAAGGGUGGAAUGCCGCACUCCCUCCCCGGAGCCCCUUGGUGCCAAAGACGAGCUGGACCUGCUGGACAGCCUCGACUCAAACGGCCUGCGUGUCGACAGCGCCGCUCUCGAUCACGCCUUCAGCAAUUUUGGACCCGAGACAUUUCAUACGCACUUGUCCGACUCUUUAUUGCCUUUUAGUCCCAGUGACGCAGGGCAAUUCGAGCCGUUUGAAACCUGCCACUAUGAAGAUCCUCAUGUCGAAAUGAUCUGGGAAUGUUACGCCCGCGCGCAUCACAAACUGGCAUUGAGGUGCGAGUGGCUGCGAACAAAUGCCCUCUCCGAUUCGGUUUUAAGGCGUUUCAGGCGCGACAACUCACUUCUAGCGAUGCUUGAGCCCGUUGUAGCACCAAACGGGCACCAUUUUAUGCGAGGGCUGUUCCUCGCCAACUUUGUGUCAACAUUUUCGCAUCGUCCAGAAUUCACUCAAUUCGCCCAGGGCGUCCACCAGACCAUUAUUCAGGCUUUUCCAGACACCAAAGCCUCGUCGCAUCACGCUGCAGUGAUUGGGAACGCUUUGGAACACUUGAGACUACAGACAUACACACGACGCUUUAUCGGGACCAAGGAAGACAGAGAUCCCACAGAGUGUCCACCUUCGUCAGACGAGAGCGUCCCCGCCCCGAAGACCGAAAGUUCCGACGGCCUCAGCCCCGAUGUCGAUUUGCCCUCCCCAGGGACCGAAAUGCCACCCACCCCACCAAGUUGCAACGAUUACGACAGCGGUCCUGACACCGGCGAGUUCGAGGCAGCCGCUUUUGCUUACCACCUGGGCGAAAUAGGCACGGCAGAGACGCGCCUACGAGCCUUGACCUGCUACGAGGGGUCGGUUUCUACGAAGGGGCAAGUGCUUAUGCGACUGGCGCGGUACUGCUUAUCCUGCGUCGAGCGGGAGUCCGGGCGGGUCGAGGAGGCAGAUGGAAGCCUCAUGCAAGCCAUCCGAGGAUCUGCAUUCUACCCAGCAACGGACGGCACAGAAUGGGACGAGGUCAGCUACCUCUUCAUGUGA